UUGGAAACAGUUAAUCGCUUCUAGUAAGUGCCAUCAUAUUUAAACCCACAGAGGCGCUAUGCUCAUAACAAAAGUCACGCACGAAUUGCCGCCUUACCGAAGGCCUGACAGAGACGUUGUCGCCAAUGUUAAGAGAAGGGAUGGCAACAAGUGUUGCAUCACUGGCCUGAAAAGCUCCUUUAUUGAUCCGCUGGUCGUUGCUCCUAUACUUCCAAUGGCCAAGGCAGUCGAUCAAUCUUUGCAUAAAAUGCUUGGCAUCUUCAUCGGUCCCGGAAUGCAGCAGCGAAUACUCAAUGACGCUUCUCUGAAUGAUCACCGGAAUCAUUGGCUUGUCCGCAAAUCUGCGGCGAUAGCGUUGUCGCAAGGGUUUUUUCAGUUCAUAUUCAGCAAAAGCUCCGAGUAUCGUGUAGCUACAGUUAGAAUUGGAGGUCCACUAUGGCCUUCCAUUCUAGACAAGACGCCACUGCUUCGGCGUGGCUUUUUCACAGACCACUCAGCUUCUAACAUAGAUACUCCGGAUAUUUCAUUAUUGCAAAUCGUAUCGCAAUUUGCAAAACCCGUACGGUGGACCUUGGUUGCUCGAGAGAUCUCGGGUAAACAGCCACAACCAGCUAGCAAUAUGCUAUCCUCCACAAUUUGGCGACUUCUCUCAGAGUAUGCCGCUAUGCUUUUCAUAACGGUGCGCUACCUGGUACCAGCCAACCUCCGCAUACAAGUCCACCGCUGCUUGGGGUUCAUAGGAGCACACCUGUACGGGUCAUCCUCCAGCUUGAAGGUUCAAAAACUUCCGUUCGGCAUAUAUCUUAAAACAGCGAGCGCAGAAGAGCACAAUGGGUUAGCUAAUGAGUACGGCGCUUUGCAGCUCGUGCGACGCCGUAGCCGUAUACCUGUCCCCCGCCCAUUAGACUUUGUAUCAAGCACAGACAUGUCUUACCUACUAACUUUCCGAGUUCUAGGCCUCCCUCUAGGGAUGUGCAUUGAUACACUCAGUGAGGAUGAGGUACAUACGCUGGUUUAUGACUUGCGGGGAUGUCUGGGGGAGCUGCGGGCAAUACCAAAGGAAGUCACCCCAAAUUAUGCCAUCUGUAAUUCCCUCGGUGAGCCGUGUUAUGAUUACCGAAUUAUCGCGGGUUUAGACUAUGACGAGCAGCGGGGAGAUUUCAUUGGACCAUUUAUGGACGAAGAGGAGUUUAACAGGACCCUCCAGGUUGGCGCAUUGCCUGGUGUUUCUCACUGCAGCGGGCAUAAAAUUGUCUUCACACACGCAGAUUUGAAUAUGCGAAACGUCCUUAUGCAUAACGGCAGGCUUUCAGGGAUUGUGGACUGGGAGAACUCUGGGUGGUUUCCGGAGUAUUGGGAUUAUACCAAGGCGCAUUAUAUCACGAAGCUCCAGAAGCGGUGGUUGAAGAUCAUCGACGAAGUCUUUAAACAGUUUGGGGAUUUUCAGAAUGAACUAGCAACCGAACGCCAGCUCUGGGAGUACUGUUUCUAGGUUCUUAUGGCUAAUGCUCUUAUAUUUUAGGCUUUUAAUAUCCUUCAGAUAAAGGUAUAGCUGAAAACAGAGCAGGUUUGUCACUUGAGUAUAUGGACGGUAGUUUUCUCGCGAUCAGGGUGCCAAGUUCCAUAACCUUGACCCGAUAUCCUUGGAAUAGCACCUUCCGUUGUAUUUUGUCACACGGACAGUCCUAUGAGACCUAGGGACCCGAAGAUAACCAACGCUACCCCUGGCAGAAAGUGAGGCUAUAAGCGAUU